AAGAUAUGUAGGUGCAAGAAAUUCCUACUCCAGCCAAAAAUUUCAAAGCCGCAUCAUACACACAAUUUCCACAAAUUCACAUUAUAUUGUACUAAAACAAACUCAUAACUUUAUCAGAAAUGCCAACUACUAUCAUUUCAACAUUUGAUAAAUGAUCAAGAACACACCUUCUUGACAUACAUAUAUAUAUAUUUGUAUUAACACACACACGUACAAAUUAAACCACCAUGGGAGAAUCGGAUGAAGAUGAUAAAGAAUUCGGCGUUAGCCGAAAGAUAAUGGUCGCCGCCAUCUUCUCAUUAUUUGCAGUGGUGAUGCUUAUAAUUCUUCUACAUCUUUACUCUAGAUAUCUCCAAAGACUCCAAGAAAGAAGACGCCGUGCAGCAAUUCAUCGAUUGAGAAGGCAGAUAGCACCAGAAAUAGCUAAUUUCUCCGUCGAACAACCUAAGGUAGGCCUUGACUCUAUUGUCAUAGCCUCAAUUCCAGCAUUCAAAUAUAAUCAAACCGACCAGCUUGGUCAUGAUGAAGCUUUGGAGUGCUCGGUUUGUUUGAGUACGGUAGUAGAAGAUGCUAUGGUUAGACUAUUACCGAACUGUAAGCACAUGUUCCAUGUAGAGUGUAUUGAUAUGUGGCUAGGGUCACAUACUACUUGUCCUAUAUGUCGCGCCGUGGCUGAACCUAUGAUCCAACCAUCGGCUCCGCCCCUACAGGAGGGAAAUACGUUACCUAGUGUUCCUGAGAUGGAGAAGGGCAGUGCAUCAUCAGGCUCGCGAUUUGGCUCGUUUCGAUGGAUGGUUAGUAGAGAUAGAUCGUCAAGGGCUCGAAGUUGUGGUGAGGAAAUUUCUGUACAAGAUUUGGAAAGGCAGUGAGUCAUUGACAAAUGAAUCUUCUUGAUAAAUAUAUACUUUUUUUUUUAUUGUAACUGAGAUUGCUAUGAGAACUUGAUUUUUUUUCCUUGUAUUGGAUUAUGAGUUUGUUAAAGAACAAUUAGCCUGUAUCAUAAUUAGUACACAUAAUUUUAAUUUUAAAAUGAUUUUUCGUUA